AUGUCAAUCGAAGAGCGAGUAAUCAUCGAAGACAACGCCGACGAUUCCCCUUCCACCACCUUCAACCACCACCAACGCCACCGCUGCUGCUUCCAACUCCCCUGCUUCGGCUCCUCCCCUUCUCCUUCCUCCACCACUCCCCGCCACAUCACCCUCGGCUCAAACCCUUCCUCCGACCCCACUUCCUCUUUCUGGGACCGCUUCCGCACCGCCGAAAACGAAAACCGUUGGUGGUCCCGCCCUCUCACCGCCCUCAAGAAGAUUCGAGAAUGGUCCGAGAUUGUCGCCGGUCCUAAGUGGAAGACCUUCAUUCGCCGCAUCAAUCGCCGCCGUCCUAACCACCGUCACCACCACCACCACAACCAGCAAUCCGCCGGGAAGUUUCAGUAUGACCCCUUGAGUUACGCGCUUAAUUUCGAUGAAGGACAGAAUGGUCAUUUUGAUGAGGAUUUCGCUGGUAACUACCCUGAUUUUUCAUCCCGAUUCGCCGCGUCUUCUGCUUCUGUUACUCCUCUCAAAUCUCCGGUGGAGUUUGAUAACGGCGCGGCGGCUUGCUGA